AUGACAAAUAAGCGUGUAUUCAUAUGUUUUGCCGUCUUGAAGAAAGAGAGUGUACGGAGUAAGCAUCGUAUUAUGGUGCGCGCACUCGUUACAGUUCUCAGAGAUACCAAAGUAAUGCAUCACGUAACCGACAUUAGAUUUAAGUCAAGUAGAUAA